GCGGAGGCAGUUCAAUCAACUUUCGAGAACUUUUUUUUUCUUCUUCUUCGUCCGCCCUUAGGAUGUCUGUGAACUUUUGUGCUUUUUGAGAAAAACGAAAAUAUUGCUUCUACAUAAAUAUCUCUGGUUCCAUUUGUACAAAAUGGCCCAGUCCCAGCAGUACUGUCUGCGUUGGAACAACCAUCGUACCAACUUGCUCUCGGUCUUCGACGAACUUCUCCAAAACGAAGCAUUCACAGACGUAACUUUAGCCUGCGACGACGGCAUCCCUUUGAAAGCCCACCGCAUGGUACUAGCGGCGUGCUCGCCCUAUUUCCAAAACUUAUUCACAGACCUGCCUUGCAAACACCCCGUAGUAGUACUCAAAGAUGUUAAAUAUUCAGAAAUCAAAGCUAUACUAGAGUACAUGUACAGGGGCGAAGUUAACGUGGCCCAAGAUCAGCUGGCCGCUUUACUAAAAGUUGCCGAAGCCUUGAAAGUGAAAGGGCUAGUUGAGGAGAAUAGGGCUUGCAAGCAGGAAAGGGAGGAAGUCGGCCCUAUGGAACAUUCUCCAUCGAUUUCGACUGCGUCGGCUGUACCUAAUCCUGUGCACAGUAGCAGCAGCAAUUCGCCGCCUCAUUCUAGCAAUUCGAUGUACAAAAAUUAUUCGUAUGAUCGGAAACCUCAUGAGCAUGGCGCUAGGAUGAACUUACCUUUGUGGGCAGUACCUGGAUUGCCUUUACCACCACAUACAGCUGCUCUUCCAAACCAAACUCAUCCUCACGCAGCAGCGACAGCAGCCGCAGCCAUGCUGAGCAACGCCUACGAAGCCGUGAGCUCCGACAUGUCUCCGCUGAAAAGGAAAAAACUCAGCAGCCUUCUCAUGCAAAGAGACACGCCGAUCUUGAGAACCGUUUUGGGACAGGGACAAGCCGAGUCAUCCCAACCUGUCAGCUUGGUUUGCCAUCCGGACAGCGCCGAAAUGCCUGCCAGCGAAGAUAGAAUAAUAAAGCACAUGAAAAACGAGCCUUCCGAAGACGCCCAAUCCCCUUACACCGACUUCACCGACCGCAUGACCGACGAAGAAGAAAAAUCCAAACUGGCCAUACCCUCGUCAUCGCCCCAAUCUUUUACCCACGGAGUCAGCUCUGGCAUAGCGACUUACGUACCAAGCCAAAAGCCCGAAUGGAAACGUUACAAACAGUACACUCGCAACGACAUCAUGUCAGCAAUCGACGCCGUCCGAAACGGCAUGUCAGCAUUACAAGCAGCCAGAAAAUACGGAGUCCCUUCCAGGACUUUAUACGACAAAGUAAAAAAAAUGGGUAUCACCACUAGCAGGCCAUUCAAGCGAGGCACCAACGGAAGCUCCGCUUGUUUCCCUUACAGCACUGGUUCGCCUUACGGUGGUCAUUUAUCUGAAAGCGACGAAACCAUGAACAAUAAUUCAGCCUUACUAGAAGCCAGUACUUUUCUUCAACACGCUUUAGACAGAGGCGGCGACGAACGAGAAGCUUUGGCCGCUAUGGCAGCAGCUGCGGCUGCUCACGCAGUUGCUUCUGGUCAUUCUACUAGCCCCAAUAACAUGCAAGCCCGCAGUCCCAGUCCCAGCCCUACGAUGCUCAAAUAUAUGAGACACAGCAGCCUUACACCUUCGCCAGCACCUGGAAGCGAUCAGACAAAUGGAAGCUCGGAAAGAGACGAUGAAGAUCAAGUUGAAGAUUUGUCAGUUAAUAGAAAACACGAUUCUAUUGAGUCGAGAGUUAUAAUGCCACCAAUGAGCCUUAUUAUUAAAAAGGAGGAAAUGUUAAUUAAUAGUAUUAAGGAGGAGGCUAGGAAGGAAAUGAAUGUUGAGUAAGUAAAUCGUUAUAUAAAGAAAAUCAACCGUGCAAUAAUAUAUAAAUAAAUAUCUCUGUGGUUGAACUACCCGUACUCAAUUGCUAAAAUAGCUUUAGGGAUUAUAAUUAUUAUAUAAGUAUGUAAACCGAGUGUCUGUUUGUUACAUUAUAGUAGUUUUAUCGCACUGUAUGAGGACCAUUUUGCUCACCCAAAAAAAUUUGCUACAAUAGUUCCUCAAAAAACAAAAAAAAUAAUUACUGGAAACAUAUAAGACUGAUAGAUUAUUACUAAACGAUUUUUUGUUUCGUUUUAAUUUUUAUGAGACUGAAUUAUUAAUUACUAUCGUAGAGGGAGAAGAAGCAAAUAAAAUGGGUCUGCAUACUUUUGCGAUACUUAUGUAAAUUGUAAGACAAAUUUGUUAUUGAAUCCGUGUUUAUAUUAUUUUGUUAAUCUUUAAAAGAUGUAGGUGAAUAAUGAUGGGCAGUAAGAUAUUUUGGGUGAUGGGCUAUAAGGAAACUACUUUCAUCUAGUGGAACUAAGUUGCAGUAACUCUGGAAAUAAACUUCUAGAUGGCCCACCCAAGUAAAUGGAAGGCCAUAUAAAAGUUCCUUAUGGCCCAUUCACAGAUAUAAAAGAAAUCAGAAACAUUUAAGCUUUAAUUAAAAAAUUAUAAGGCUUUAAGCCUAUGGUGUAAAGAAAUUUUGGUUUUGGGCUUAGAUUUUAGGUAUGGUAAAAUUUUUUUGAGUGAUGUGACUCGCACUUUUUUCUGUAUAUUUUUCGACUAUAUAAAGACUUUUUUCGGCUCAUUCUUCUAAUGCUCAUUUGUUUGUUAUAGUUGCCAGUGUGCAAUUUUUAACAACAUUUUGUUAUUUGAGACUGACAAUGUUUAAAUAAAAUAAAAAGCAGCGGUAUCGUGGACCAAUGAUGUAUGUACUAAACAAAGUUUGUGCCUUUUUCACUAUUAACAAUUUAGAAAAAUAUGUCUAUUUAAUGUUAACAUUCCACUGUUUGACUGCAAUAAAUGAAUAAAUAGCGCACAUCAAUUAUUAACGCAUGCCUUAUUUUUAUGUGGUAGAUUUAUAAGGUAAAAUAAUUAUUGAAAACGUUUUUUUGCCAUUUUAGUUAAGACUGAUUAUAUUAUUAUUAUUAUUAUUUGUUAUAAUUAUUGUUGUCGAGUAUUUUUAGAAUUUGUUAUAAUUUAUAAGAGAGAUCUCUUUUUGCAUUGAUUGAUUAAACUAACCACCAUUUCUAUAUAUUUUUAAGGAAAACUUUAUCUACCUCAUCGAUUAGUUUUUUUUUUUUUGUGAGCCAUUAAUUUUGUAUAUAUAGGUACAAAGAAUUGUGUAUAAUAUAUAUGUUUAUUAAACUUUAAGUUUCGUCUGCAAUAAAGUUCAAUUUUUUUUUGCCAUAACUAUUUACCAACCCCCGAAUUCAAUGUGAUUUUGUUUAUGAUUAGCAGUUACCCCUUAUUCAAAUAUAUAUCAAUUUUAUGUUUAUAAUACAUAGUUGUCUUAUUAAAAACGGUUUUACGCACUAUAUGCACG